AUGCAGCAGCUGGUCGUAUCAAGGAAGGUUCGCGCCGUGGGGGUGUCGAACUUUCGGAUUCAGGAUCUGGAGCAGGUUCUGUCGGCGUGCGAGGCGUGCGACGAAACGCCCGCGGCCGGCAUCCGCCCAGUCUGCAACCAGGUCGAGGGGAAUCCCUUCCUGCAGCAGGCGGGGCUGCUGGAGUUCUGCUCGCGGGAGAAGAUCACGCUCACCGUCUACGGGCCGCAGCUGCCCGUGACCCGGUCCUGGGAGACGGCGCCCGGCCCGGGCCCCUCCGCGGGCGGCGGGGCAGACGCGGCCGUGCCGCCGCUCGUGCCGACCGGGCGCUACUUCACCAGCGCGGGCCCGGAGGCGGCGCCCGGCGCCGCGGCGCAGGCCUGCGUGGACGGCGCCGCGCGCCGCCUGGGGAGGACCCGCGGGCAGGUGCUGCUGCGCUGGGCCUACCAGUCGGGGCGGGUGCCGAUCUCCACCACCAGCUCAGCGCGGCCCGCAUGCGGGAGUACCUGGACGUGUUUGGGUUCGAGCUGA